UCAUUUUCCCACUACAUCCAACUCUUAGCAAAAUCUAAGUUCUCAAUUAGCUCUCAGGCCUCCCUCUGCCUUUAAGAGCUUUGAUCGGAGCAGCUAUAAUCAAUCAUGGGUCACUCUAACAUCUGGAACGCUCACCCCAAGACCUAUGGUCCAGGCUCUCGCGCCUGCCGCGUGUGUGGAAACCCCCAUGCCAUCAUCAGGAAGUACGGACUCAUGUGUUGCAGACAGUGCUUCCGUAGCAAUGCCAAGGAAAUUGGAUUCAUCAAGUACCGCUGAAGAAUCUCUAUGGUGUGAAGUAGGAAGGACUUUGUCCAAGUUCGAGCCAUUGUAGUGUGGUUUUUGAAUUUCAAUGAACUUUAAGAGAAUGAAUUUCUUUUUGUUGAGUUUAGUCUGGGACCUUAAAGUGUUUUACUAAGAGUACUUUGUGUUCUCGAUCAAGUAAUCAUACUGUUUUUAUUCGGUAUUUUCUUAUUGUUAGUUUGCUAUAUAUUGUCUUUGCAGUGUGAUGAUCCUGUUGAUUAUUGGCAUUUCAUGUGUUACAGAAAUGGAAUUAGAGGUUUAUGUUGUUUA